UGUACAUGCUCAGCACGAGUCUCAGUGACAUCUGCUCGGGCGUCUCCUAUUAUUACGCAGGAGUUUUGGAUGUUCGAGAUGUUUUUGAAUCCCCGACACGCACUUUCUACAUCGCUCCCACUUUCCUGGGUCUGUCCUACAUGGCGAUUCUGGCCGCUCAGGCGGACCGGUACCACGCGGUCUCCGCGCCUUUCAAAUACUCGCAGCGCAUGACCCGAAACAGAACAUUACUGGUGAUACUGGCCUACUGGCUGUAUGCUUUUUUGAUUGUGGCUGUUAAUAAUUUGGUGACUCUGGGGGUCGCUAGGAGAGUGACGAGUUUUGGCAGUUUUGUGGCGAACAUUUUCACCGUCGUUAUCAUGAUUGGCUUGAACGUCAGGCUGUUUUUCAUCGCCAGAUUUCAGCUAGAACGCGAACCGGCGAGCGCGGAACGGGACAACAAGCGCGCGUCCGUUUACCUCAUUAUAAUAGUGGCUGCGUGUUUUUUGAUCGCAUGGUUGCCAAUUUUUCUUCAUGUUAUUGUGUGUAACUUCGCGGGGUCUACGUGCUACACGUUCAGAAACGAGGGUUCAGACCCUCUGCGCAUUCUGCCCCGGGUGAAUGCAGUUCUGACUCCCUUAUUGUACAUCAGGGGCUGUUCUGCACUUAGGAACACCAUACUAAGCAUAGUGUGGAGAAAAGCAUGCUGCAAGAGAAGAGGUGUGAACCCUCUGUCAGUGAAGGAAGCUGCCGUCUUCAAGAUGUGAUCUUACAAGCCAAAGCAAAGCAAGAAAGGAAAAGUUUAAAAGAUCAAGUGCCAGUGAAAAUCAAAUCUCACUUUACAUUUGCUUCUGUUUCUGUAAACCCCAAAAGUCACAUUUAUCACAAGAUAUCUCAAAUAUAACAGAUGCUGGCCGGCGUAGAUGUGGGUGAGGCUGUUUAGGGAAAACUUGGAAUUGUCAAUCAUUUAAUCAAUAUUCAUUGAGUAUUUGUUAAUCGUCCUUCUCUACAUGGCAUGAACCUGCAAUAAAUGAGAUAGAAAUAAAAUAUAUUUUACAUGCAUCUUUGCUAGAUUUAAUUGUCUGAAAAAUGACUGCUAUCAGAAUAAUUUAUCAAUAAAUUCCACAUGGCCUUGUGGUUCAUACAUCAGAUUAUGACUUGAAUGUUUCAAAGUUUAUUCCAGUCAUCUUGAGAAUUAACCCAAAACACAAUUCAGAGAUAUUGUGAACAAUGUCUUUUUCAUUGUGUGUGUGUGAUUUUUAG